CUCUGAGCUGCGGAAACAUCUCCUACACAAUGGCUACCAAAUGGGGCAUCUGCUCGGUGGGAAGGAUCUGCCAUGACUUCUUGGUGGCUUUAAGGUCUCUGCCAUCAGAAGAUCAUGAGGUGGUUUGUGUGGCAUCUCGGGAUCUCUCGCGAGCCAAAGCCUUCGCCAAACGGCACAACAUCCCCACUGCCUACGGCUCAUAUGAGGAACUGGCACAAGAUCCCAAACCUGACAUCAUCUACGUGGGGACGAUUCACCCCUGUCACCUGGAGGUCGCGCUGUCCAUGAUGGAGGCCGGGAAGAACGUCUUGUGUGAGAAGCCAUUGGCCAUGAACGAGGGCGAGGUCCAGGAGCUGGUCAGGACAGCUCGCCAGACUAACAUGUUCCUCAUGGAGGGAUUAUGGACUCGUUUCUUUCCAGUCUCCAACACCAUUCGGAGCCUCCUGUCGCAGAAUGUCCUGGGGGAUAUAAAGAUGGUUAUAGUCGAGCAAGGCAUAUACAUGAUGGACACUCCUCGUCUGAUGCAGAAAGAGCUGGGAGGUGGGGUGCUCCUAGACAUUGGCUGUAACAGCAUACAGUUUGUCUGUAUGGUUUUCAAGGGAGAAAAACCAGACUCCAUUGAUGCCACUGGAUUCCUGACCCACACAGGUGUUGACGAGUCUGUGACGAUCGUGCUGAAGUACUCGGGAAAGAGGAUGGCUGUUGUGACGGUGACGAUGGCCGUACAACUGACCAACGAGGCGACCAUUGUAGGGACCAAGGGCACCAUCAAGAUCCCUGACCACAUGUGGUGCCCGACUCGCCUGGUGGUGAACAGAGAGAAGCAAGAGUUCCCCCUGCCCGAGCCCUCCCAGCCUCUCAACUUCCCGCACAGCAUGGGAUUGCGCUACGAGGCCGAGGAGGUCCGUCAGUGCCUCCAGAAAGGCCUGAAGGAGUGCCCCCUGAUUCCACUGGCUGAGAGCGAGCUCAUCGCAAGCAUCAUGGACGAGGUCCGCAAGCAAAUAGGAGUGAUUUACCCACAGGAUACGGUGCCAGGGCCCAAACUGUGCCAACAGCAGGGGGAGCCCAGUGCUGCAGCCUGGAAGCAACGCACUAACAUGUAGCCGGGCAAAGAGCUCCGGACACACAGAUGCCAGCCGGUCACUUCCUGGGAAUAAAAGUUCUUCCCAUCUCCUAAAGGCACUCAAUCAGGCAAAUUCCACCAAGCUGCUGACAGCAAGAGCUUUGAAAACUAACCCCUAUGGUAGAGGAAUGUGCCAGCCAAGAUUGGACCCCAAAAUAAUCAUAAUAAUUCUUGCAUUGGACAUAACGCCUUAUCGCAUUGUCGCCUUCACAGAAAACGUUGUAAAUUGGGGAGACUAUGUAUUGUGUGGGCGAAACACGGCAAACGUUUAAAUU